ACAGAAAAAUCAUAUGUUUACUAAACAUUUUUAAUAGUAAAGUAAAUAAAACCACUGUCACAUUGAACAAGAAUACUGAUUAUUUUUACAUAAAAAUGUUAUCAUCUAUGGUAAAAGAACAUCAAUCAAAACAGGUAUUAAAGAAAGAACUACAAGAAGCAAAAAGAAAAGAGGCAUGUUCGGCUGCAAAUGACUUAACACAGGCACUGGUAGACCAUUUAAAUGUUGGUGUAGCUCAAGCUUAUCUAAAUCAAAAAAAAUUGGACGCGGAAGCUAAACAAUUGCAUAUGAGUGCUACGAAUUUCUCCAAACAGACUCAACAAUGGUUAAAUUUAGUUGAACAAUUUAGUAGUGCUCUCAAAGAAUUAGGUGAUGUGGAAAAUUGGGCAAAGGCCAUUGAAGGGGAUGUUCGAACCAUUACAACUGCUUUAGAAAUUGUCUAUCAAGGCUCUCAAGAAAAUAGUCAAUAGUUUUACCUUGUAAAUAUAGCUGUAUAAGUAUAUUAUAAAUAGCUGUUAUUAUCAGUUGAUCAAAAAAUGUAAAAACUCUUGUGUAUAUAAAUGAAUUUAAUGAAA